AUGACAGCCAAAGCCAGAGCCACAGUCACAGCCACGGGCACACGCAUUGGACCACACACACAAAAGGAUAGACGGGACGAUAGCGCGCGACCGCUCUACGCUCCUUUUCACAGUGCUCCACCAAUUCAUAUGUUCACAAAAUCGUAAGAGUGGCUGUUAUCAGAUCACUGACAGUUGGCAAUACUUUGGGAAAAGCACCUUCUGAACCUACUCCGCCUGGUAAAGACAACAAUAGCGGCGUGUCAUCCGUUGGGAACGGCGGAGGAAAGAAAAACACGCUCACUUGCCCAAAAUGCGGCGAUCCCUGUACGCACGUAGAAACAUUUGUGUAUUUUUGAGUACCUAAACAAACACGUUGUAGGUCAAGAAUAUGCUAAAAAAGUUUUGAGCGUUGCUGUUUAUAAUCACUACAAACGAAUUUAUAAUAACUUUCCAGUGCAGAGUUCAAUGCAAGGUUCUGUUAAUACAAGUGGUACACAAGAUUUGAAUCAUCCAUUCACUCAUAGAGGUCUUAAACCACAUUUGUUACAUAUUUCAACGAUCGGUAAUUCGCUUGGUGUUGGAUUCCAACAAUAUCCUACAGGGAAUGAACAUAAAUCAACUGAAAAUCAAUCAAUUUCCGGAUCCGACAUCCUCGAUAGUAAGCAGCAUCAAUUGAAACUAGAGAAAAGUAACAUCUUGUUACUCGGCCCGACUGGUAGUGGGAAGACACUACUCGCGCAGACGAUAGCUCAAUGUCUGGACGUACCUUUUGCAAUUUGCGAUUGCACAACGCUGACACAAGCAGGAUACGUCGGCGAAGAUAUAGAGAGCGUUAUCGCAAAAUUACUUCAGGAUGCUAAUUACGUAGUGGACAGAGCGCAAAUGGGCAUCGUGUUCUUGGACGAAGUUGAUAAAAUUGGCGCUGUUCCCGGCAUACAUCAAUUGCGGGAUGUUGGCGGAGAAGGUGUCCAACAGGGAAUGUUAAAAAUGUUAGAGGGCACGAUCGUGAACGUACCGGAGAGAAAUAGCUCUAGAAAAUUGCGCGGUGAUACGUUGCAAGUCGAUACUACAAACAUUUUGUUCGUUGCUUCCGGCGCGUACAACGGAUUGGACAGAUUGAUUCUGCGGCGUAAAACCGAAAAGUAUCUUGGAUUUGGUGCGUCGCUAUCCUCCGAGAGUCCAGGCAGAAGGGCCGCGAAUUUAGCAGAUGUUGCAAACAUGUCACCUUCUACGGAGAAGGACAACAAAGAGAAGGAUUCGCUGUUACAACAAGUAGAAGCGAGAGAUUUAAUUGAUUUUGGUAUGAUUCCUGAAUUUGUUGGCAGAUUUCCAGUCUUGGUGCCGUUUCACACCCUCGACAGGGAUAUGCUCGUUAGAAUACUCACCGAGCCUCAAAAUGCCAUGGUUCCUCAAUAUCAAAUGUUAUUCUCGAUGGAUAAGGUAGAAUUGACGUUCACCGCGGAAGCUUUAAGCGCGAUAGCGUCGUUGGCAAUGGAAAAGAAAACAGGCGCAAGAGGACUACGAGCUAUCAUGGAAUCACUGCUUUUGGAACCCAUGUUCGAAGUGCCUGGUAGCGAUGUAAUGUCCGUCCAUGUAACCGAAGGAUGUGUACGAGGACAAGAAAAGCCACAGUAUAUCAGAAGAGGUGACGUUACCGAGGAGGAAUUACACGCUCAGCAUAUACAUAAUUAACAAAUAAUUCGCACUAAAGAUGCACCACACAUUUGAUCGAUUUCUCGAUCAACGAAUUGUUCAAAAAUGUAUCUUUCUACGAUCAUACGUUUUCGAUCUAAUACAAAUUUGUACAUAAUACGUGCGUCUUUAACGAAACAGAAUCCACACUAUAAUAGAGGUUAUUUACAUUAAAAACGAGAAAGGACGAAAUGAAUUUAAUAAUACUAGAGACUUUGCAUAUUAUAAUUAUUCUGUAUUAACUCGUACAGAUAAAUCAAAUUAAUUAUGGCAUGCAAUUUAUUUUGUGUUCAAACAAUUCGCAACAACGUCAAAUAUUUCGUUGUCGAAUUGUUUUCAAAUAUAUAUAUAUAUA